GCAACUGAACUAGAUCACCAAAGGGUUUGGAGUUAGGACUUUGCCUCUUACCUACCUACCUACCUACAAGUUACAAGUAGAGGUGAGGUGCGCUUCUUGCUCUUUGCUUUGCAACACCAUAUAUCUUUAGUAUACAAAGGCAAAACCCCUGCCGCAGUCCUACAUCAUCAGACAGAUUCAUAACAUGGAAAAUCCAUUCCCAGAUGUAACCAAGGAAACAGUCCAAGACAAGGGCCAACUCAUCUAUUAUUAUAAUUAUACAGAGGAAGAGGAUGCAAAGAGAAGGAAGACUACGACUAAGGGUGGGGGGCAAAAACACAACUGGAUGAUAUCCAUAGACCGAAUUAGUCACUUACCCGAUGAAAUUCUUGUUAGUAUAUUGUCUCUAUUGUCGCUCAAGGAAGCAGCAAUUACUAGUAUCCUUUCUAAGCGAUGGCAGCACCUAUGGGCGUCUACUGACACGCUUGACUUUGAUUCCAAGUUGGAUGUUGGUAACAAUAUUUGCUGCUUCAGACGCCUCACACCGGAGUUAAGACACAAGAAAAGCCGUAGAUACGUCGAUUGGGUGAGUCGUGUAAUGGAACAACAUCAAGGUCCAAACAUGAAACGACUCAGGGCUUGUUUUUAUCUUGAUCGCUGUUUCACCACUUCCAUUGACAGAUGGAUUCAAAUUGCAAUGACAAAGGGAGUUGAAAUACUUGAGUUGGAGUUUUUUUUAGCAGACGGGGUCAUUGACAAAGGUCACUAUGCUUUUCCUUACAAAGUAUUAGGUCUUGAAAAAGGACCUAAUUGUUUUGGACACAAUAUUAUUGGUUUUAAGUCGCUCAAAGUAGUUAAUUUCAAACAUGUUGACGUGGCUGAAGAAAUUCUCGAGUAUUUGUUGUCUAACUGUCCAGGUCUUGAACAGUUAACAGUGUAUGCUUCCUCAAAUUUGGCAAAUCUAAGAGUUGUUGGUUCAUCAUCGGCUGCAUUGAAGUACCUAGCGAUAAAACAUUGUUGUCGCCUCGAAAGCAUUCAGAUUCGUGAAGCAGCAAACCUUGUUUCCUUUAUUUACCAUGGAGGUUCGGUAAGCUUGCUUCUCAGUGAUGUACCGUUGCUCACUGAAGUAUCCAUUGAAGAGGUUUACUGGGGUGUUGAUUCGAUAAGGGUUGUGUUGCCUCAACUUUCAUGCUGUAUUCUUUCUCAGCUAGAGAUUCUCAUGUUGGAUAUCACCCCAAUGACACUGGACGACGAUGGUUUUAGCCCACUUCAGAAUCAUGCAUUUCCUAUAUUAGCAAAUCUCAAGCAAUUGGAAUUAAUAGUUGAAGCAGAUUAUUGCUGGUCUCUUCAUCACUUAAGUUCUUUCAUGAUGGUAUCUCCUUACUUGCAGAGACUUGUGUUGAAGAUGAAUUUCGUAACAUGGAGGCGACCAAAAGUAAAGACAGCUGCCAAAUGCCCACAUCCUUACCUCAGGGUAGUAGAAAUAGUAGGGUAUCGUGGCCGUGCAUGUGCAGCUAAACAUGUCAUGUACCUAAUGAAGAAUGCUGUUUCACUGGAGAAAAUUGUAAUUGAUCCUGUUCUCAACCAUUCAACAGAUAAGAGAGUUGAAGAAGUAAAAGAGGAAGUGUUUGCAAAAUAUCAUGCUAUGCAACAUAUUAAAAACAAAGUGCCAUCUACAAUUGAAUUUGUAUGUAUUUAGUAGUUGCAGUGCAACAGAGACCAAUAUGCUUUCUGUGAAUUUCAAGCUGUAUAGGUAUGUUUGGGUUAGAGUUCGUCAUCGGGCAGGCCUAAAU